CUCCGGAGCUCAGUGUCAAGGCUUAGUCAGUAUUCAACCAUGAAGUUCAAUUCUCAGUCCCUUUUCCAGCUCAUCUUGCUGGCAGCUUGUUGUGUACUGAACACAGACAGCACGUUUGUUCCGGGAAGAUGUUUAUGUCCUGAGACGCAAGCGGCCCUCCGGGGAAAACUGAAGGAGCUCAACGUGUAUCCCAAGAGCCCUACCUGCGACAAGGUCACUGUUAUAGUGACACUGAAGAGUAACAAUGAGCCUGUCUGUCUGAGUCCAGAUGCGCCGAUGGGGAAACAACUGAUACGAUGCUGGACUAGGGCUAACUCUCUGGGUCGUAACGUGAAACUGUGUCUGAGGAGGAGGAGGAGAAGACGUCAGCGCCAGCACUCUCGACACCGCGGGAGAGCCUCACUUAAACAUCAGUAGUGAAACAUCCAGAAAAAAAAGCUAUGGACCUGGAGAGGAGUGUUUUACUUUUGGACUUCAAGAUCAGGAUCAUUCAUAAAGAAGAGGACGACACUGUGUCAUUUUACAUAAAGUGUCACAUUUCUCACAUUCUGCUGUUUGGGCUUAAAAUAAUGUUGUCUUUUUUUAUUUUAGCAGCAGAAGGCUUUAUUUAUCUGUGCAUAUGAUGUUCAACAAAGCCCUGGAGGCAACAUGUUAACUAUUCUAGCUUGAAAACAUCAUUAUGUGUGUAGGUGUCUGUGUGCACAUGAAACACUACUAGUUAUUUAUUUUUGUAUUAUUUUUUUUAUCAUUCUGCUUUAGACUAGUUUUUUU